CAAGAAAAUAAAUGAACGUUACCUUCCCCUGAGCCUUUCAAGUGUUGUUUGUAUUCAGGGAGGGAAUUUGGGCCAAUAUCUCCAACACCAGCUGUGUGUGGUAACUAAAAAUCGAAACAAUUUUAAGUGGAGAAGAAAAGAGAUGGGAUUUUAACCUCAAGAACCCAUUUUAUGAACAGCGAUCAAUCUCCAAACCCCCAUGCAACCUGCAGCCUCCACGUGGCACCCGGCCAAUCUUGAUUGUGUGGUCUCUGGAGGUUCAAACCCCAAUCCUUUCAUCUCCCCCAUUUGUGUUCACUCAUCAAGUUUCCAUUUUUAUGCUAUAUAAUAAUACCCCCAUUGAUAUGCCUCAAACAGUUGCACCUCCAAGCUCACUCUCUCACUGCAAAUUGCUUUGAAUCUCUCACUUUAGUUUCUUCGAAUAUGGCCGGCGCCGUUUCAACCGUCGGAGCUGUCACUCGUGUGCCGCUGAACAGUGGAGUCUCCGUGGCCCCUCCCUCGUCCUUCUUGGGAAGCAGGCUGAAGCUCAAUGCCUCGACUUACAUGCCCAAAUUCAACUCCGGAAACUUCCGGGUGGCGGCCGAGAUUGACGAUAAGAAGCAGACAGACUCCGACAGGUGGAAGGGUCUCGUGACUGACAUAUCAGACGACCAACAAGACAUCACCCGAGGCAAAGGAAUGACCGAUACCCUCUUCCAAGCGCCAACUGGCUCCAACUUGGCCACUCACGAUGCUAUCCUCAGCUCCUACGAGUACCUCAGCCAAGGACUUCGCCAAUACGAAUUCGACAACACGAUGGGAGGAUUCUACAUUGCCCCUGCCUUCAUGGACAAGCUCGUCGUCCACAUUUCUAAAAACUUCAUGACUUUGCCGAACAUCAAAGUCCCGCUUAUCUUAGGUAUAUGGGGCGGCAAAGGACAGGGCAAAUCGUUCCAGUGUGAGCUCGUUUUCGCCAAGAUGGGAAUCAAUCCAAUCAUGAUGAGUGCCGGAGAAUUGGAGAGCGGUAAUGCAGGGGAGCCCGCGAAGCUGAUCAGGCAGAGGUACCGUGAGGCUGCUGACAUCAUCAAGAAAGGCAAAAUGUGUUGUCUGUUUAUCAACGAUCUCGAUGCUGGUGCGGGUCGUAUGGGUGGGACCACGCAGUACACGGUCAACAAUCAGAUGGUCAACGCUACUCUCAUGAACAUUGCCGAUAACCCGACUAACGUACAACUCCCGGGAAUGUACAACAAGCAGGAGAAUCCGCGUGUGCCGAUUAUUGUGACGGGUAAUGACUUCUCGACUCUGUAUGCUCCGUUGAUCCGUGACGGGCGUAUGGAGAAGUUCUAUUGGGCUCCGACUCGUGAGGACCGUAUUGGAGUUUGCAAAGGUAUCUUUCGCACCGACAGUGUGCCGGAGGAGGCCGUUGUGAAGCUUGUCGACACCUUCCCCGGACAAUCCAUUGAUUUCUUUGGUGCUUUGAGAGCAAGAGUGUACGAUGACGAGGUUAGGAAGUGGAUCACUGGAGUGGGAGUGGAGAAAAUCGGGAGCAAGCUCGUAAACUCGAGGGAGGGCCCACCGACAUUCGAGCAGCCCAAGAUGACUCUUGAGAAGCUUCUCGAAUACGGGUUUAUGCUCGUCCAAGAGCAGGAGAAUGUGAAGAGGGUCCAAUUGGCCGACCAGUACUUGAAAGAUGCUGCGCUUGGUGAUGCUAACAAAGACUCCAUCGAGAGAGGAACUUUCUACGGUUAGAUCUCUUGCACUCUGAGGU